AUGCAGUUCCAAGCAACGGCAGGGAAUCAAGCAGCAGCUAGUCUUCAAGACAAAGUUGCUAUCGUGUCGGGAAGUUGUUCGGGCAUUGGCGAAGCUAUUGCGCGAGAGCUCGCGGCCAGGGGUGCUCAAGUCGUCGUGAAUUAUCCAUUUCCUCAGCUGGAGUCGUCCGCCAAAGCCAUCGUCGAAUCACUACCGACGCCAUGCAUAGCCGUCGAGGCUGAUCUUUCCACGACUACUGGACCGGGUGAACUGGUUAAGCAGACUGUGGCAAAAUUUGGCAGAGUCAACAUUCUGGUCAACAACGCCGGAGCGGCAGUGAACCUGCCUCUUGAAGAACACACCUUGGCACAUUGGGAUAAACUCGUCAACUUGAAUGGCAGGGGAACAUUCUUGUUAACCAAGGAGGUCUUACCCUAUCUUCCCAAGAAAGAAGCGGGCGGAGGUGGAAGAAUUGUCAACAUUGUCAGCAUAUCCGCUCGAGCACCUCCACCACAUCAAACCAUCUAUGCUGGAACCAAGGGUAUGGUGGAAAGUUUUACAAGAUGCUGGGCCAAAGAGCUUCCGCCCAAGUACGGAUGCACGGUCAACGCCGUGAGUCCGGGGGCAACACGAACUCCCGCAUUUCCUGAGAGAGGCUCCAAGGAGUAUGAGCUCCUGCAGCCUACCAUCGAUGGAACACCGUGUGGACCACGCAUGGGAGACCCAGAGGAAAUAGCCCACGCAGUGGUUUUUUUGUGCGAAGAAAGAUCGCGUUGGAUCAAUGGGACCAAUAUCUUUGUCACAGGCGGCCUGUAUGUGGAUUGA